UAUUUAUAUACAUGUAUAUAAAAUCUCAAGUUAUAGUAAAUUAAAUUAUACAAAAUGAAAACACUUGACUGUAAACAUUGUGUAACUCCGUAUCACAUGACCGAUAACAGCGAGAGAUAACACAGAUUUAUAGCCGAGUAGAAAGAGGAAGUCGAGAAGCAGUUGCUGAGCCAUAAGGAGCAACAGGUUGUGGUGACAGCUUUGUGGCUUUGCUCUCUUUGGGCGAAGCGGGUAGGACAGCAGGGAGAAGAGGCGAAAUCAGCUGGUUUCGCGCAGGAAUAUCUGAGUAAUUUGCGCCACCUUGUGAGCGAACCUCUUCCAUGCCAACAGCACAUCUGUCACAAAAUGGUGUCUUUAAUUUGCACUCUCCGACAUCAUACAGAUGAGGUCACCUGCUGUGCCUUCUCUCCAUCCCUCCUGGCGACCUCCUCCGGUGAUAAAACGCUCCGUGUUUAUACCACGGCCAACUUCUCGGAGCUUCCCUUUUCUCCUCUCAGGGGUCACGGCUACGGGGUCCACUGCUGUUGCUUCAGCUCCUGCGGCAGCUUCCUGCUCAGCUGCUCCACAGACGGCUCUGUCAUCGUGUGGAGCGCCGAAACAGGUGAGGUGAAGGCGACGCUCGAGCACCCAGGCCGCAGUCCUCUCCGAGUUUGCGCACUGGCGCCAGACUCCUCUCUCCUGCUGGCAGGAGCCUGCGAUGGCACCGCGGCCCUCUGGGACUUCCGCUCAAAAACGCUACGCAGAUGUGCCACCGUAAGCGAGGCCAGCGUCGUGGCUUGCUGCUUCUCUCCGUGUGCCCAGAUGUUUGUGACCGGCUGCACCCGUGGAGACCUCAAACUCUGGGAUGCUCACACCAGCCUUCUGCACGCUGAGAAGGACGCCCACGACCUGGGAGUCACCUGUUGCUGCUUUGCACCCCAGUUCAUAAUUAAUGGCUGCUGUGUGGAGUUUCGACUGGCCUCCUGCGGACAGGACAGCCAGCUGAAAAUAUGGAUUGUUUCCCAGCGUGAAGGAGCAGCCUGUACCAUGAAGCUGCUUCAGACCCUCACCAGCCAGACGGCCCCAGUUCUGUCUUGUGCCUUCUCCUCUGAUGGAGAAUGGGUUGUCUCAGGCUCUGUGGAUAAAAGUGUCGCAGUAUAUGAUGCGAGCCUGGGAACCGUGCUCCAAACUUUGAAACAACACGACAGCUUUUCCCAGAAGCACCGGGUGCAGUGGUGCAAAAGUAUAUUCCCCGGCACUGCUUUUGCACCGUCAUUGAUGUGGCACCACAGGUAUGUAACCGCCGUUGCGCUAUCUCCCACCUUUCCCUGGAUUGCAACCGGCUCUAUGGACAGAUCGGUAAACGUGUGGAGAAUUGGAGAUGGGGAUGACAGCACUGCUGAAUCAAAGGAGACACGGUGCCAAGGAAGGAAGUUGCCAGGUCACUCCGGGUUGCUGCUCACUGAUUGGUCAGAGGACGAUGUGCAGACUUGGCUGCGUGACGAGGGACUAGUGGAGCUCGUCGGUAUCUUUAAAGCCAACAACAUUGAUGGACCAGAGCUUAGCCAGCUGAACAAGGAAACAGCAGCUGAGCUUGGAAUUGAGUCGGUGGGCCUUCGUGGUCGUCUCCUGAGGAAAAUCGAGGCCCUGAAGGCAGAGCAGAAUGGUUCAGAAGCCCCAGAUGAAUUCCUGUGCCCAAUCACCAGAGAGCUGAUGAAGGAUCCGGUCAUUGCUGCAGACGGCUAUUCCUAUGAGCGGGAAUCUAUUGAGAGCUGGAUCAGAGGCAAGAAUAAAACCAGCCCCAUGACAAACCUACCUCUGCAGACAACACUCCUCACCCCCAACAGGUCUCUGAAGAUAGCUAUAACGCGGUGGAAGUCGAACCAGGAGACAGCAGCUCAGAGUAGCUCAACAUCUGAUAACAAAAGCUGAUUGAAGUAAUUAUGAAUUUGUUCAGGGUGCCAUUCAAGAGUCACAUCCGGCGAAAUGAUCAGAAUCUGAGAUCUCAGAGAAGUUGACUGAUAUUUAUACAGUAAAUAACUAUUUUUUUUAGCUGUAUUUUACAUAACUGUCAAAUAUACUCGUAUUUAAAGAGAGACUCUCUAAAGCAACACUGUAACUGUGCAAUUUUAAUGUGCCUUUAAAAAAUAAAGUGAAG